CUAUAAGCCAAAAUCAGAAAAGAUACAAAUAAAACGCCCGUCUUGAACAAACGGAGGAUAAUUUUUGCCCUAAUUACUUCUCCCCCACCAAACCAGCUGACACCAAUUUCUGCAAUCGUCUUCAUAAUUCAUCCGAUACCGGUGCAAUUCGAGCUCAAAUCGAAGCGCACGGGCGGGUACUGCAAGGAUUCAGCUUAAAAUUGGGUGCUUGGCAAAAUUGACGGAUUCGAAGCGAUAUCUCGUCUUGGUCGUUUUUCGGGAAAGAGUUUCACUCAUAUUGCUUCUACAACUUUUCAACAAAUAGAAAGAGCUUCGCUGGGAUAAAAUCAACUCUUCGUGGUAGCCAUGGACCAUGGACGCUAUCAUCAAGGAUGGGAUAAUAACAGCGCAUUGGAAGGGUAUGGUGCAGGUCAUGAUUCAAACUUUCGGGAUAGUGGAUCCUAUGAUGAUAGGAGGUUUAUGGAUGAAAGAUUCUCGAGGGAUAGUAUCCAUCCUAGGGGAUUGCUCCAUAGAAAUGCAUUGGAGAGAAAUAACUAUCCUCCACCGCCAUCAUCAGUUGGAAUGUGGCCUCAAGCACGGAGGCGUGGAUAUGAAGAAGAGUAUCCAUUCGAGAGGGAUUACAGACGGCAUGAGAAGCCACCUUCUAGAUAUGGAGGGCGGGAUCGGGAGGGUUAUGGUGAUGAUGAUUAUGACUAUCGACCUCGUUCUGCUAGGGAGGAAAGCCGUGAAAGGGAAUAUGAUUACGGAAGGAAUAGUUAUGAUUCGGAUUACGAGAGAGGUUCGAGGAGGGACGGUAACUGGAGAAGGCGUGAAUCUCGGGACCGUGAAUGGGACAAGAGGGGCCCUAGUCGGGAAAGGGAAGAAAGCUCCUAUAGAAGGCGUGAGCACUCUCCUUCACACUCCCGCUCUCAUUCUCGUGGCCGUGAUGAUCGAAUGAGGUCAAAAUCUCCUCGGGGAAGGAGUCAUGGCCGAAAUCAUAGGGAAGAGAGUUACGAAGACAGCCGCUAUGAUAGAAGUGAUAGAAGAAGAGAUCGUGAGGAUAGCCGUCAUCAUGACCAUUAUUCUGUUGCUCCCUCUGCUACUGUCGUGGUAAAGGGCCUCUCGCAAAAGACAACUGAAGAAGAUUUGUACCAGAUUCUUGUAAUCUUCGUUUUAAGCAUAUCCAUCUUUUCCAUAUUAUUUGCUCUAAUCACCAUUGUUGCUUUGGUUUUCAUGUGCGCAUUUAUUGCUCUAUGUCAGGCUGAAUGGGGACCUCUUCGCCAUGUUCGUGUGAUUAAAGAGCGAAAUUCUGGGGUUUCCCGAGGGUUUGCUUUCGUUGAUUUCCCUUCUGUGGAUGCGGCUCAAGCAAUGAUGGAUAGGUUUGGGCAUGAGGGGCUCCUUGUGGAUGAUCGGAAGCUUUUUUUUGAAUACAGUAGUAAACCGACUGGUGGAGGAGAUGGCGGAUCCCUUGGAAUUAAUACCUCUUCAAGAUCAGGCCAUAGUAGCCAUAGAAGUAUCAUGGUACCUUCUGAUUGGAUGUGCAUCAUAUGUGGCUGUGUCAAUUUUGCAAGGAGAACAUCAUGUUUUCAGUGUAAUGAGCCGAAAACAGAAGAUGCUCCAUCGGCUGAUAUGAUAUCAAAUCCCAUUCCUAUUGGCAAGAGAGGAGAAGCAGGUCCAACCCAUGUUCUUGUUGUUCGUGGACUGGAUGAGAAUGCUGAUGAGGAAAUGCUUCGUUAUGAAUUUUCUAAGCAUGCUCCUAUUAAGGAUCUGCGACUUGUCAGAGACAAAUUCACACACGUCUCAAGAGGAUUUGCAUUCGUGCAUUUCUAUACAGUUGGUGAUGCCACUAAGGCACUUGAAUCAACAAAUGGUACUGCUCUGGAGAAAAAUGGUCAGAUUCUUCGGGUUGCCUAUGCAAAAAGUAUUAUUGGACCUGGUCCUGCAGCUUCUUCAGCUCCGCAGUCAAGCAGUCUUGCUGCUGCUGCAAUUGAGGCAGCGACAUUUGCUCAGCAGUAUGAUGCAGUUGGUUGGGCACCAAAGGAAUACAAUCCAGAGGAUAACACUUCUGGUGCUGGUCAACAGCAAGCAGGACAAAUUGAGGGCCAAGGAGAUCAUUCUGCUCCCCAAUCUGGUUUCGUGUGGGAUGAAGCUUCUGGUUAUUAUUAUGAUGCCGCCUCUGGAUUCUACUACGACGGAAAUACAGGUCUAUAUUAUGAUGGCAAUAACGGCUUAUGGUAUUCUUUUGAUCAACAAACUCAACAGUACAUCCCUUGCACCGAUCAGAACAACAAGACAGCAGAAAAACAAAUUGAAACCUCCAAAGCAACAAAUGGUUCUAAUAACAAAAAGGUUGUUAUAUCUGCCCCAGCCGCCACAGUGACAUCUCAAGAGAAGGCCAACGCCUCAUUGCCGGAUGCUGUCCAGGCUGCCGCUGCUGCCGCCAUAGCUGCUGAGAAGAAAGAGAAGGAAAAAAUGAAAGAAAUCAAACUUGCCUCGAAAAGCAGCAUCCUGGCCAACAAGAAGAAAAUGAAUAAUGUCUUGACCAUGUGGAAGCAAAGGAGUCAUGAGGGUCAGGCGCCGCGUGUGGCUAUCGAGAAUAACAGCCAAGCCUCGGCUCCCAGCAAGUUGAAAAAUGAAGGCCCGAUAAUAACUAAAGAUAAUGUUAAUGCUUCUCAUAAUGUGGGCUUGGAAUCCCAAGACAGGGCAAGGCCCGUUAUUUCGAGUUCUGGUGGAGGUUUGAAAGGAGUCAUUAGGAGUUCUGGACUGGGAGUCGUGAAGUCAAAUACUGUUUAUACUGGGCAAGGGGAGAAUAAUACUGUUGAAUCUUUUUCCUCGACAUCCUCAGAAGCUUCUGCUACAGUAACACCUUUCCGAACAGAUGCAUCUGCUUUGGGUUUGUAUUCGUCACCGGUUGCUGCAGGAAGUGGUAAAAGAAGGUUUUCAGAGUUGCCGGCAGCAUCAGUUACAAAUAGGGAACAGUCCCAAAUUACGUACAGGGAUCGUGCAGCGGAGAGGAGGAGCCUGUAUGGUUCUUCGUCUUUUGGGGAUGACUUGUCCAGUGCUGGAGGUGGAGAUCCAAAUCGAGAUUCGACAUAUAGAAGGGGUGUUAUGGACUCCAUGCCUUUCCCUCCCGGUGUAGGCGGUGGACGAGCAACUGUUGGGGAUGCCGUUGCUAGUCAGAGUUAUGAUGUUAUAACGGCGGAUAAAGCUCUUGACGAGAACAAUGUGGGCAACCGUAUGCUGCGGAAUAUGGGCUGGCAUGAAGGCUCGGGGCUGGGAAAAGAUGGGAGUGGUAUGGUAGAACCAGUCCAGGCCAAAGCUGUAGAAACUAGAGCUGGGCUAGGGAUACAUCAGCCCAAGAAAGUUGACCCGACACUCGAAGUCCAUGCUGGAGAUAGCUACAAAGCUGUUAUCCAGAAAAAGGCAAUUGCCCGUUUUCGAGAGAUGUCAUCCUAAUAAGGCGAGUGAAAGAAAUUGGGAAUAAUUGAAAAGGAAGCAUUUAAUCUGAGUUUUU